UUCAUGACUCUCUGAGCAUUUAGCCAUUUGUUCCACAUCAAGCGGUCUCUUCCUCUUCUUCUGAGCUAAACUGACAUGACAAACUUUGAUCAGUUCAGAUAAAUAAAGCAGAGCCUGUAAUUCUCACCUGCCUGCUUUUAUUGAGCCUUAACAUAUAAAGAUGAUUAAACCAGAAUCCCUCUAAGAAUCUUAUCUUUUUAUUUACCCUUAUUUUUUUUUAAAUAUACAUUUUUUUAAAGGAAAAACCAUACAGAUAAAUAUUUGUUCACACAAAGAAAAAUAGUUGGUUCUUCAGGAUCGUCAUCCUAAAGCGUGAAGCAGAAGAAAGCAGAAGCUGCCCUCACCCCAUCCUGAACAUUUGAGCUUUUGAAGAGCGAAUCAUUCCCGCUGAUCAUGCAACCGGCUUCCCUCUCACUCAUCCUGAUUGCCUUACAUGUUUCUGUAAGAGUGGAUGGGAGGCCAAGGCUCCAGCAUCUACAGCGACGUCAACACCAGACAGGAAGCUCAGACCAAGGAGCCCAUGCAGGGCUGUCUGCUGGUUCAACACAUUUCUACGCAGAUCGGAACGGAUCAGUGAGAAAUGGUCUCCAUAGAGACAACCUGGUCAUUCUACCAGUAACAACAGAGCCAGUCAACUUUGUGAUGAUCUUCGAUUUGAGGAGGAAGCAGUUCUUGUGUGUAGACAUAAAGGGACAGCUGUACAAGUCUAGGCAAAAGGAUAGAAGACGUUGUCCUUUCUGGCAUGUUUGGCUCAAUCUCGCUGAGCACCCUGACAUGUUUUCCUUUGAGAGCGAGAAAUGGUGGCUCAAACUGGGUGGGCGGGAUCUGAGGGUGGUUCACCGGGCACCGCCAGAGGGUUCCUCAGCCCUGCUGAAGAGGUUAGUUAAGAGGCAGAGAAGGAGUGAGGAGGUGAACCCAUCCGACCCUCUGAGAACAGAGUCCCAUCCUGCACCUCCUGCAAAGGAUGCAGAACAAAAUCCAGCAGGGGCCCAGUCCAAGGAAACCAUCACAUCCUGCGAUGACCCCCUGCAGGUCUUAAGGCCCCCUGGACACGGCAGCCCCGUAAAGACCAACAUCGAAGACCGGGCAGAACAUGAAUAAAGCACUGGACCCAUGGGUGCCGAGUGAAAAAAAAAAAAAGAAGAUAAAAGUCUUUAUGUCUGACAUGAAAUGUUUAUGGGCCUGAAUAUUG